AUGAUCUUGGGAGGCUCUGGCGUGCUUAGUUAUGAUGCUCGAGAAUCGAACGUUCGGAAACUCGAAGAGCGGGUGGAAACAUUGUCCACUGUCAUAGAUGAGCUGACAGACGAUAAUAUUACGCUUCAUCUGCGGGCCCACGCGCCCUCCCUUCCCCCCCUCACGCGCCCUCCCUUCCCGUCGCCCACGCUCCCUCUCUUCCCCCCCGCCCACGCGCCUUCCCUCCCCCUCGCCCACGCUCCCUCCCUCCCCUUCGCCCACGCGCCCUCGACUCUUCCCCUCGCACACUGCCCUCCCUUCGCGUCCCCCACGCGCCCUCCCUUCCCGUCGCUCACGCGCCCUCUCCUCCAACGAGAACGGGGACUUCCCGUGCCUUGCACCUCCCCUUCCUCCAGCCGCGCCUUAGCUCAGGAGUACACAACCAAGGGCGGAUCGCACACCCUUUCUCGCACGCUGCAAUCCCCUUCCGCGCACGGUGUCACUCCCAUUCCCCCACGGGAAUACUCCCCUUCCCCCACGCUUCCACUCCCCAUCCCCCACCCUUUCACACCCCUUCCACCGCGGUUUCACUCCCCCUCCCACACGGUUCCACACCCCUUCCACCACAGUCUCACUCCCCCUCCCCCACGGUUCCACACCCCUUCCACCACAGUUUCACUCACCCUCCCCCACGGUUCCACAACCCUUCCACCACGGUUUCACUCCCCCUCCCACACGGUUCCACACCCCUUCCACCACGGUUUCACUCACCCUCCCCCACGGUUCCACCCCCCUUCCACCACGGUUUCACUCCCCCUCCCCCACGGUUCCACACCCCUUCCUCCACGGUUUCACUCCCCCCCCUCCCCUUCCCCCAUUCCCUCCCCUGCACGCUGCCAUCUCCCCUCCCCCCCCUUCACGCUCGCAUUCCCUCCCCUGCACGCUGCCAUCUCCUCCCCCUCUUUCUCGCUUCCAAUCCCUCCCCAUCACGUAUCCACUCCCUCCCCCUCACCUUUCCAUUCCCUCCCCCUCCCGCUUUCAUCCCCUUCCCCUCACGCUUCCAUUCCUUCACCCUCACGCUUCCAUUCCUUACCCCUCAAGCUUCCAUUCCUUCCCCUCACGCUUCAUGUCCCUCCUAUGCACGCUUUUUUCCUCCCUCCUCCCCUCACGCUUCAGUUCCAUCCCCCUCAGCCGUGGCCCCCCCUCCCCUUCCGUUCCCUUUUCGGUUGUGCUCAUCCUCCCCCAUCCAUCCCCGAACCAGUCUCCUUCCCUUCUCGCUUUUCUCUUCCCUUCCCUUCCAUACCAUUCAUAGCCAUGCCCUUUCCCCGCUUUCCCACCCCUUCACUCCCCCUCCGUUACUAUCCCUUCCUCCUCCAUCCUCUGCUUACCUUGCCAUUCCCUUCCCAUCCUAUGAUUCCCAUUCCCUUCCCUUGCUUCGGGUGCCCUUACCUUCAUUAUGUCUCCUUCCCUUCCUUUCCCUUCCGUUUCUUCUGCUGCCCUUUCCUAUCCUUCGUCUCCUUCCCAUCCUUUCCUCUCCCUCCCCUUCCGUUCCCUAUGCAUCUAGUGUUCAUCCACUCCUAUCCUUUCCAAUCCGUAACCCAAUACUUCCUUACAUUCAGCCAACCCUUCCACGCCUAUCCCUUCCCGGCCCAUUCCCUGCUUACCCUGCCAUGCCCUCACAACAUGUCCGUUCCAGUGCCUUCCCUUGCUUCGAGUUCCCUAUCCUUCCCUUUGUCCCCUUCCCUUCCCUUCCCACCCCCACACGCUGCCAUUCCCUCCCCCGCUCGUUGCCAUUCCCUCCCCCUCAUGCCGCUGGGUUUUUUAUUCCACACUCCUUAG